AUGAAAAGUCAUGUGAUACCUGACAUUUUCGGAAUUCCAAAGAUCCACAAAAACAAUCCACCAAUGAGACCUAUUGUGGAUGUCAGGCAAGCAGUUACCAUGCCUUUGGCAAAGGAUUUAGACUAUCAUUUGAUAGAAAUUGAUCAGAAUGUUGGGCAUCUUUGUAAGGAUUCUUGGGAAUUAUUGGCUCAGGAUACGAUAGAGGAAAAAUCAGUUCCUGUACUGGAAGAGACUGAAGCUGACAAUGAUUGGUGUCAUGUUACUGAGUUUAAUAUGUAUUUCUACCAAUAUGUUCAGUGCAUGCUUUUUGGAAUUGAUGAAGUUAACCAAAGUGUACAUCUAUUACCAAAUAUUUCACUGGGAUUUGGAAUUUAUGAUUCAUGUGAUACAGUAGAAAUGGCUCUGAAGGGCAUAAUAUGGCUACUGACAGGUGAGAGCAGAAUUUCUCCAAACUACCACUGUCCUGGGAUCCCUCCUUCUGCUGCCAUAAUUGGUGAUUUAAGUUCUAAGACAUCGGUACCCAUUGCAAGAAUAUUGGGACUCUACAAAUAUCCACAGAUCAGCUAUGUGUCUUCGGUUAGUAUUUUAAGUGACAAACACCAGUUCCCAUCAUUUCUUCGAACUAUACCAAGUGACAAUUAUCAGUCAAGGGGUCUGGCAAGGCUUCUAGUGUAUUUUGGUUGGACAUGGGUUGGACUUCUUGCAGAGAAUACUGAUUAUGGUUACAUGGGUAGUAAAAUCUUCAAAGAUGAGUUAGCUAAGGCUGAAGUCUGCUUAGCUUUCUCAGAAACAAUACCAAUUGUUGAUCCUGAGAAGAAAAUCCAGCAGAUAACAGACAUCAUUGCAAAAUCUACAGCUAAAGCUAUUUUGAUCUUUUCCUUCGUGUAUAAUAUGUAUCCCCUGAUGGAGGAAGUGGUAAAAAGGCACAUAACUGGAAAGAUAUGGAUUGCUAGUGAUGGCUGGGCUGAUUCCCCCUUACUUUCCAAACCUGCAUUCUUAAAACCACUACAUGGAACCAUUGGGUUCAUGAACCUGAGAGGCAAUAUUCCUGGAUUUCAGAACUUCCUUUAUAAUAUGAGUACAUUUAACAACCUUGAUGAUAUUUUUCUUAAAACAUUUUGGGAAAAUGCAUUUGGAUGCAACUGGCUGAAAUCAGAAAUGCAGAAUGAAAAGGAAGGGAAUUUAAGUGCAGUUUCACAGAAGUGCACUGGAAGUGAAAAUUUGAAAAGUCUGAAUAUUGGCUUUUUUGAUGUGAGUAACUUGAGAUAUACAUAUAAUGUGUACAUUGCUGUGUAUGUCAUUUCACAUGCAUUGCACAACAUGAGUUUGUGCAGAGGUGGAGAAGGGCCUUUCGCUAACAGAUCAUGUACAGACCUUAAACAUUUCAAGCCAUGGCAGCUUCUCCACUAUAUAAGAACUGUCCACUUUAGAAACAAUAUUGGAGAGGAAAUAUCUUUUGAUGAGAAUGGGGACCCACCAGCCUUGUAUGAUAUUUUGAACUGGCAAAUGACACAAGAAGGAAUGUUUAAAUAUGUUGAGGUUGGACGUUUUGACUCCAGAUUUCCUGCUGGUCAAGAUCUUGCCAUCAAUAGAAGCUUGAUUUUAUGGAAUACAGGAAAUCAGGUGCCAUCCUCAGUCUGCAGUGAUAUGUGUCAGUUAGGUCACAGAAAAGCCCCCAAGCAGGGGCAGCCAGUCUGCUGCUUCCAUUGUGUUCUAUGCUCUGAGGGAGAGAUUGCCAAUCAUACUGAUUCCACAGAUUGCUUAAAGUGUGCUGAAAAUGAAUGGCCCACUGAAAGACAAGAUCGUUGUCAAGAGAAAUCACUUGAAUUUCUUACAUUUGCAGAACCUCUGGGUGCUACCCUGGCUUCUGCAGCAAUAUUUUGUGCACUGUUGACCACUACUGUGUUGUUUAUUUUUGUGAGAAACAGAGACACUCCAAUUGUAAAAGCUAAUAACCGUCAGCUCAGCUAUCUAUUACUCUGUUCCCUGAUCUUAUCUUUUCUUUGCUCUUUGAAUUUUAUAGGUCACCCUGUGUCAAUUAGUUGCAUGCUUCGGCAAGUUGUAUUUGGCAUAGUGUUUACUCUUUCUGUCUCUUGUGUGCUUGCCAAAACUAUAAUGGUUGUAAUAGCUUUCAGUGCAACCAAACCAAACAGCAAUCUUAAAAGGUGGGUGGGGCCAGCACUCCCCAAUGUUUUAAUAAUUAGCUGUACAUCAAUUCAGCUGGUCCUGUGUAUUGCUUGGCUUUUAACUGCACCAGCUUUUCCUGAACAAAAUACAAGAUCACAGCCAGGAAGGAUAAUUAUUGAAUGCAAUGAGGGAUCAACAACUCUGUUUUGGUGCAUGCUGGGAUAUAUGGGUCUUCUUGCAACUGUAAGUUUUAUUGUAGCUUUCCUAUCCAGAAACCUUCCAGGUAGCUUUAAUGAGGCCAAGGUCAUCACCUUCAGUAUGUUCAUCUUUGUUAUUGUUUGGCUGUCCUUUGUUCCAGGAUACUUGAGUACAAAAGGGAAGUUUAUGGUUGCUGUAGAGAUUUUUGCUAUCUUAUCAUCCAGUGCUGCCUUAGUGUCUUGUAUUUUUAUACCAAAAUGUUUCAAUAUUUUAUUAAGGCCUCAUAUAAACACAAAAGAUUACCUUAUGGGGAAAGAAGCACCUAAUAAGCAGGCAAAAUAG